CAACUAGUGAUGUCACUGACGGCGCGCUCAUGACGUCAGAAGCGGGAGACGAGUUUGAAUGGGUUGCGGGAGGAGCCAGCGCUGUCAUGGAGUUAGCUCAGCAAGUGCGGAAGCUGGGUCUCUGGGCGGCCGAAGAGAUGGGGCUACCCGCGGCGGUCCGACCCCCGGAAUCGACGCUGCGCAGGCUGUGUCUGGGCCAGGGUGCUGACAUCUGGGCCUAUGUCUUGCAACAUGUCCACAGCCAGAGGAAUGUCAAGAAGGUCCGGGGGAACCUACUCUGGUAUGGUUACCAGGACCGCUCACAGGUCUCUCAGAAGUUGGAACUGAAAGCAACCAUUGCCCGGCUGAGGGCAGAGAUCCAGGAGUUAGACCAGAGCCUGGAGCUGAUGGACCAAGAGACUGAGACUCAAGACAUGGCCAUGGGGCAGAUGCUACAGAAAAUACAAGACACCCAGCGUCAUGCUCUCCUUCUCCAGGCCCAAGCAAAGACCAUCCAAAGAGAGCAGCGAGGGCUUCAGGAGCCCACACAACGACUGCAGAAUCAGCUCAGGCGCCUUGAGGACAUAGAGAGGAAGAAUAAAGUGGACAUAACCUUUGGACCCUUGACAUCAUCAGCUCUGGGCCUGGAGCCUAUGGUCCUGAAUAAUGUUAAAACAGCUUGUACCCUCCGAACCCAGUUCCUGCAGAAACUCCUGAUUCCUCAGACCAAGGGAAACAGUAUCUUGGCCUUUCAAGAUGACUACUUUGGAGCUUCCUACCAGCAGUGGCUAAGCUCAGUGGAGACGCUGCUGACAGACCACCCUCCAGGCCACAUCCUGGCUGCCCUGGAACACCUGGCUGCAGAGCGAGAGGAAGAGAUCCGCUCCCUUUGUAGCCCAGAUGCACCCCAAGAUACAGAGAUAACCAGGUCCCAGGCAGCGGACCAGUCAGACAGCAGCCAGCCCCUGCCAUCCAUGUCACAUCUCAUCCAGGAGGGCUGGCGAGCUGUGGGAGCACUAGUCACCCAGAGGGGCCCCCUCCUGAAGGAGCAUCAAAUCCUGGCCCAGCGCCUCCAGGACCUGAUGGAGGAGGUGGAGAGAUGUCCCCUGGGGUCCAGGGAGAGCAAGCAGGUACUGAUCCUGGGGCUGCGGAACUCUGGCCUGUGGGCAGAGCUCAAGGCCCUUCGAGCCCAGAGUCAGGAGCUGGAGGAGGCUGCAGGGCAGCAGCAGCUUCUACUGAGGGAGCUUCAGGCCAAACAGCAGCGGAUCCUGCAGUGGCGCCAGCUGGUGGAGGAGACUCAGGACCAGAUCCGUCUGCUCAUCAAGAGCAACUCAGCCAGCAAGACGCGCCUGUGCAGGAGCCCUGAAGAGGUACUGGCUCUGAUUCAGAGGAAACUGGUCCCCGUGUCAGAGGCAGUGGCAUCACAGAACCAGGAGCUGCUUCAAUGUCUGGAGACAGAAGCCCAGCAUCUCUCCCACCUGCUGCCGGGCACCCUGCUGAAGCACAGGCCUGGAGAGCUGCAGCCCCUGCCCAGGUUCCUACCAUCCAUCCACCAGCUGCACCCUACAUCCCCAACGGGCCCCGGCCUCAUAGAGAUCAGCCACAUACUGGGGCUGCCCACGGGAAAGGCCCCAGAGCUGCUCCUCCCGGUGGCCACCUCUCUUCGCCAGGAUCUUCUGUUCCUCCAGGACCAAUAUAAUCUCCAGUGUUGGCAUCUGCUCCACAUGAAGGCCAGCCUUCCUCAGGGACCAUCCACCCAGGAGCUGCUGCAGCUCCGAGCAUCCCAGGAAAAGAAGCAGAAGGAGAAUCUGGGACAGGCCCUGAAGCAGCUGGAGACCCAGCUGAAACAAGCACUGGAGCACAUCCCCAAGCUGCAGGGGACUGUGGGGGACUGGUGGGAGCAGCCUGGCCAGGUCGCCCUCUCUGGGGAACUCUGUCACGGCCUGUCCCUGUCCCAGUGGAAGUUGCGCUGGAUCCAGGCCCAAGGCGCUCUGCAGCAACUGUGUAGAUGAAGAGGAGUCAAGAGCUUCACACUGGUUCACCCCAACACUACCCACCAUACACACACACAC